GCAGCGGGUCUAAAUACUUAUGUGAAUGAGAGAUUUCAGUUUUUGAUUUUUAAUAAAUUUGACAUAGAAUGACAUAGAAAGUGUGCAAAACGUAAAAGGGUCUGAAUACUUUCUGAAGCCACCGUACAUGAUAGGCCCAACAGUGGCUAUACCUACAUUGCUGUGAAGUGUUAAUCUCCACCUACCCACUAAUCUUCGGUCUUUAAAAUUCCCACUGCAAAUCGAUUGCAGCCUAAUGUUGACACAAGACAGAAACAGCUAGCAGCAUGGUGCUCACUGACGCUGUCAUAUUGCCGACAUCGCAAACUCUACACGUUGGACGUCAUGGAGGCACAAGAAAGUCCUGUGUUUAACAAUAAGAAAAUAGAGAGAAAACUUGCGAUGGAAGCCAUCCAGGUUGUUUUUGAGGAACUAAGGAAAAAAGGUAACCUGGAGUGGAUCGACAAAAACAAAACGCGCUGUCUGAUCAUGUGGAGACGACCGGAGGAAUGGGGAAAGCUGAUAUAUCAAUGGGUUUCCAGAAAUGGGAUGGUCAAUUCGGUGUUCACGCUGUAUGAGCUUGCAAACGGGGACGACACUGAAAGCGAAGAAUUCCAUGGGCUGGAGGACUGGAUGCUGCUGCGCUCCCUACAGGCCCUGCAGGCGGAGGGCAAGGCCGAGCUCAUCACCAUGGACGACGGGAAGGGCGUCAAGUUCUUCUGAGGCAGGGUGGGGAAGUGACUGCCAGGGCGGGGAACUGUGUAGAUGGCACUGUCCGGGGCGGAUGACUCUGGGAGAAGGUUGGUCUUCCACACAGAAAUAGGCAUGGGCCUCUCGCUCGCUUCAUUGGUCCCUUUGUUUUUCAGGAACGCCAUCUCUCCUUUAAAGGUACAAUAGGUAAGAUUUUUGUGUUAAAACAUUGUUACAAGACCAUUGCAAAUCCCUUCUUAUCAUUGAAACUGACACGUUGACUCACCCGCUGCCUGUAUUUAUAGUCGUUAAAUUCGGGUUUCAAAAUAUACAGUUGACGGGCCGACACUCUGGACCAAAACAUUUUACAGCAGUACAAUAAUUCAUGCUCAUUGGUUGAAAAUUGGUUCUAAUUGCCCCAGCCAAUGGAUUGGGGUGGGCAUUUCAAUAUCGGUGCAUUCACAGAGAAGGUGGAGGGAUAAACAGUGUUGUGGUUUUAUGCUGCAAUUCCUCUCUUAACCGUUGUACCUUUAACACUGAUGUUUUUCCCCAAGAAGGCGCGUCCCACAUGUAUUCUUCCCCCUCCACCCCACCCCACCCCCAUUCUGCGUAUUUAAAUCUAGAUUUUAUUUUUCUUCAUACUUAACACAUAGCGGAGGAAGAAAUGGUUCAGUGUUUGUGCUUUUCUGCAGUAAGGUGUUCUGUCACACAGCCACAAUUCCAAAGACCGUCUGAUGCCAGAACGGCAUGCGCACAUUGAGGAGUCUGGGGUAUUUCCGGAAAGAAAGAGACGUGAGGGGGAGAGAGACUGAGCUUUUUGUAGUUUUGCGCAUUAACCAUGGAGCCAGGUCCCAUUUGUACAUACUACUGAAAUGUCCCAUUUAGACUACCGUUGUUAUUUCUGACUGUCUGUCAUUGACCGCCUUUUAUAUUUGAUGGUGUACUGUAAAAUAAAAUGGAAGUAAAAUUG